ACAAUAACGGUCACGUGAUCCGAGACGGGGCAUCCUCUUCGAUUUUUGUGCAGAGUAUCCGUUGUUGAGCAUGGUGAAACACUGUAUUUUUCCAUUUUGGAGAUGGAGGAGAGAGUGUCGAGUGGUUUGCCAUCGAUGGCUGUGGCACCCGUGGACGAACUGUCAAAUGAAGAAUGGCCUGUGAAGGAACUGAACAGUUUUCUGCUGAAUGAGGGUGCGUAUCUGUCUGGAAAAAGAAGGAGUUGUUGGAGCGAGAACACUUCUCUAUGCAGAACCCUGAUGCUCCUAGAACUAAGAAGGGCACCACUUCCUCGAGUGUACAGUCGUCGUGCCCAACAUUUCAUGCGUCCCAGUGGAUGACUCGAUGAGUGAUGAACCUCUGUUUCCCAGAGUGAGUGCCACACCAGGCUUGCUCAUCUCCAACGCAGGGGCAAGUCGCCGACGACAGUGAAGAGGGAGCUGAUGGAGUAGUACUAGUGAAGAAGCCCGUGGAUAGUGUCCAUGAGUUUUACUUUGGUGGCUAUGUGCAUAACGUGAAAGUCUGUCAUAUCGUGCACACAGCCACAGCUCGAACUCAGAUGGCCUUCUCCGCACGCCUGAGCGAUGAGGCUGCGUCUCUCUGCACUUCAACAUCAGCAGCUCGAGCAGCGCCAGCAAGCAGUCGAUCUUCCUUGAAUAGCGAAGACAGGGAUGGAUCAUGCCUUUCUCUCAAGCUCCAGAGUCUCUUGGCAGGACGUUCCGCGUCUUCGCAAAACGAUGAAAGUGACUGUCGUCAUCGACAAAGUGUUCCGAGCAAAACCGUGACUGUGAACGAUGUCGCAGCAAACUGCUGCCCUUCUCGCCAAAUAGCCAGGAUUCAAGAGAGUGGAAUGCCAGCAUCACUAGGGAACGCCUGGAAAAACAAGUGGGUUUCUUAGACAAGGGAUGACGGUUGCUGCAAACAAGAACCCAACAGCAGUCCUUGGAAAGCAUAUUUCGGAACUUCUUCCUUCAGAACUAAAAAAACUUCAAAUGAAAAAAGGCUGGGGAGUACAUACAUGAACAUCGCGUCGGGACCGUGAAAACCUAGCCUGUCACAGGAAACUUGAUCACGUCCUGCAUGCAGCAAACCAUGCAUGCUGGUUGCAUGCCAAGUGUGCAGCGCGCGCACAGCAUGCCCCGUCUCGACCCCUCUCGCUUAUUGCGCAAAGGGUCUAUUGAAAAGAGACUUUGAUGAAGCGUUCUCGACGUAUGCUGAGAGACGUCAACACGCAGUGGAAUUUAGCAAAGCCGAUCGAAUUGAAUUGAAGAACCUGUUUCGUGCCGCAGGUUCGAGUGUGGACGACGUUUCCCAUUCAAAAGGAAAACCUGCACCAGCAGCUACAGCGACCGAGCGACCGAAUCUCUGUGGCAAGGUGUUCCGGAAUGUACUGGCGUACGGAUCUGCUGGUAGUGGCAAGACCACAGUGUUUCUGCUCAUGGUUAUAUACCUGUGGAGCAGAGGCGAACUAUGGCAGGAGGAAUUCGAUCUGGUCGUGGGACUGGAGCUUCGUAAAAAAGAGGUGAGAGCUGCCACUAGUCUUGCUGAGCUAUUGACGGUGAAACUGGCGAGCCAGGGCCUGUCGCAGACUGAGAUAUUGGAGCUUGCAAACUACUUCGAAGAUUCUCAAAGCCGUCUAUGUGUCAUCAUGGACGGCUUGGAUGAAUGUGAUUUCGCCAGCUGCAGUAUGUUCAUGAGUGACUUGCUGAAACGUGAGGGCAUGGUGAAGACACACGUGAUCGUCACAAGCCGUCCAUGCCAGGAUGCAUAUCAACUAUCGCAGUGUGGCAAAUAUCAGCAGAAAAUCCAAGUACUGGGUUUCUCACCGGAGAAAGUGAGGGACUACGUAGAGAAGGUUCUCGGUAAACAAGGCGCUGAAAUUCUGCUGGCAGAGCUGCAGAGCAAGCCGGAUAUGUCAUGUCUUAUGGCAACUCCCAUGUUUGCAGACCUAACAUGUGAGCUUUUCAAGAGCAACAAGGGCAAAAUGUGGAAGUGCAGCGCAUCCCUGUACCAAUCGUUACUGCGUCGAGUCGUGGAGCGUGCUGGUGGUGCAGUUUGCGAGUCGAUUUCACUUGCAUCCAGCAAAGUGGUCCAGUCGCUACAGGAACUGGGGCGCUUUGCUUUUCGCAUGUUGCUGGUGAAAAGGAUGGUGUUCAACACGUCCGACAUCAUCAACUCCCACUUGAGCAAGGAUGCAAUGAGCUUGGGUCUUCUGCAAACAUGCCAGGGAACAAUGUCUACGAACGCUCGGCAAUACCGCUUCUGCCAUCUGUCACUGCAGGAGUUCCUAUCGGCAUGGUUUCAGGCGGAAUGCGUGGUGCAAGAAAGACAUCACGCCAUUGCACUGGUACGGCGACUGGGCGCAUACGAUGGCCAUAUGGCAAUGUUCUGGAAGUUUUUCAUUGCUCUAUGCCCGGAAGACGUGUCACUGAUCAUCAUGGAGGAGCUAUGGCGUGUGCAGUAUGCAGAUCCAAUACCACUGGAUCCUAGCAGUGAGGCCAACGAAGCCACCAAACAAGCUAACAGAUGCGGCAGCGACGGGCAAGAGGAGUGGGCUUCCAGUGCGACUACGGAGGCUACCAAACAUGCUGAUACUGCCGCUAGACGUGCUGCCACCGCCGCUAAGCUAGCCGAGGACAUGCGCAAUGACUCAAGUGUCCUGACCGGUGAGAUGGAGAUGGCAAAGGUCCACAAACAACUUUGCCAUGAACUGAAUGCUGAGCAAAUGACAGUCCUCGCCGACAUUCUCCUCAUUCCUCGGCAUGACCGUGGCAAGGGCCAUGGUGAGCAACUUGUGCGCCGUUCCAUGCCAAUCAGCCGAGAGCCCACAGAUACGCAAUUCCUAAAGACUCUCCUGAGGGUGUGGAUGAAGAACGGCAGUGUUGCAUAUGGCACUGUGCUGUUGGAAGCGCUAUCCCAGGUGGACGCCGAGCUGGCGCGGCUGUGCAAGAGUCUUCUUCAUCCCGCUGCUAUGCUGCUGAGUCAUGAAUCCCUGCAAGCUGCUUCCUCUCGCAUUGUAAGUCUAGCUGAUGCUGCCCCUUCUUUUAGGGAUACCCCCAUACGGAGGUUGUUUGUUCAUCUUGUGGUGGCAUAUCAUGAGCAUGCAGAGUAUCACGGUGUGUCCUGCAACUGGACACACCCUUUCUUUUGUGCUAUACUUGCAUCAAAGCUCAUUCUCAAUGGUGUUUCUCUUUCUUCUCAUGAAUGUGUUGCUCUCAGUUCUUUACUGUGUGGCUAUACAUGUAGUGAUUUAGAGAAAGUCGACCUCUGCGAUUGUAGCAUUGGCGAUGAGUCAUUUCACAGCUUAUCAACAGGCUUACAGAGGUGUAGCAGUGUACGUUCACUACAGCUAUACGGGAAUGCUAUUCUUGAUGGUCUAGCAUUGUCAUCCGUGAUUUCAGCCAUGUCCGCUAGUCUUGUGUCUGUGGGUGUUGGUGGUAACCCUGUUGGUGUGAGUGGUUUUGUGUCCGUGUGCCGUGCACUCAGUCAGUGUAAGAAUGUACACAAUGUCAAUGUCAGCGACAUGUAUAGUGAUGGUGCUGCGCCGUUGUCUUUACUCUGUGAUACGUUGGAGCAAUGUACACAGCUGGAAGUGUUGUGGUUGUAUGGGAAUCGGUUUGUGGGCAGUGCGGAUGAUGAGAUGAGAUUCAUUGAAGCGGUGAAGGUGUGUACACAGUUACGUGGACUGUGGGUGGACAACUGUGGCUUGAGUGAGAAUGUUUGUUCUCAACUUGUCACUGUGUUCACAGAGAGGAGGGGGUGCAUUUAAACUCUGUAAAUGGUUGUACAUUCUUGAGAGAAUGUAAAGUUUUGUAUUGUUUUGUUCCCCUGUAUACCCCAUACCCCUAAACCCUGACCGGUCGACCAUCGAUAGGUUUUUUUGCCUGCUUUUCUUCUUGUACAAAAUGUGUUUUUGCUUGCUGCUUGCCUGCUUACUACUCUAAUGUUGAGGACUGUUGUGAAUAGAUUUCUAAUGUUUUCAUGCCUAUAAUCAUAUCUGCUGCUACUGCUAUGCUAUGUUGUUUUUUAUCAUUGAUUUAUGAACUGCUAGUAAUUUCUAUGUGUGUUUACAAUGUUAUAAUUAUAUGUAAUUGUGUUUAUUUUUUUGUCAUAACUGGAUGAGAAGA